GAAGUCGUAAAUACUAAUGGUUCGCAGUCGGUCUGUGGAUCGUUGUUAGUGCUGGAGAGCGACAGCGGUGUGUAUGGAGAUCAAACUCAUGCUCUCGAUAGAUCAACACCAGAAAAGGACCCUGAUGCUCCACUAGCAUUACGCAAAUAACGGACUGAUGCACACAAGAGGCUGAGAAUUAGAGGAGUUAAUAGGCUUAAUCACUGUUUAUCUCUCUGGCUAGGUGGCUAACUGUAUGAUAUUAUGGAAAGACCAUCUGAGUUUUUUAAUCCGAGUAUUUGAGCUGCCGUGCGUCUGGGAUACAAUGUUUGUCGGUUUUCUUCCGUCGGAGCGUCUUACGCGCUACAAAGUAACAUGAAAGCAGCCGGAGCGCUUCUGUCUGAAGAAUGAAAUAAAGUAACCGAUCCAAAGAAAGACUCCUGCGAGACUGAGUGCACGAACUCUCUGAGGAAAGCUUUUAUGCUCAUCCCGACCAUGAGCUCCAGGUCAGUGGCUGUGAGAAUGUCUUAACCCAGCAAGCGAUUUCAAGGGGGGCCCCUGUAACUUCUCCCCCUUCAGGAUCUCUGGGUGAUGAGUCGGCACCAAUAAUGGAGGUUCAUUGAGUCUUGUCCCUGAUAUUGUCAGCCCUUUUCCCCUUUACCCUUAAUCCUUCCCUGUCUGGUUCUAGUGCACGAACAUGCUGCGCUUCCUGCCUCUCAAGCUUGGCCGUCUUUACCGGUGUUUAAAGCUUUUCUUGGUUGUGGGCAUCUUCGUCAUCUUGCUGAUGAACACGCAUAACCUUUUCGUAUCUUUCCAAAAGAACGAACUAACAGACCGGCGGUUUAUCAACCUUAACAAGUGCCCGGCCUGUUUCGGCAACAGUUGGUGUCGUAAAUUCAUGAACGGACAAAUAUCCUUUGAGACGUGGGGUCGACUUCGUUUCCUAGAUGUCUUCAAUGUGAAAAAUGUGUUUUUCGCUCAGUAUGGUGAGCCUCGGGAAGGCACACGGAGGAUUGUACUGAAGCGUUUGGGCUCUAAUCAAGAGCUUAACGAUAUCGAUCUGAAGAUUUGCAAGCGGGCAACGGGUCGACCCCGUUGCGAUCUCAUCCAGGCCAUGUACAAGACUGAGUUUGCCCGACUCAAUGGGGACGUCAGACUCUUAACACCAGAUGUUGUUGAAGGCUGGUCAGACCUUGUUCAUUGUCCUUCUCAAAGACUGCUGGACAGAAUAGUCAGAAGGUAUGCAGAGACAAAAGACUCUGGAAGCUUCCUGCUGAAGAAUCUUAAGGACACAGAAAGGAUGCAGCUGUUGAUGACCAUGGCUUUCAAUCCAGAACCCCUAGUUCUUCAGAGUUUUCCGUCAGAUGAAGGCUGGCCGUUCGCAAAGUACCUUGGCGCUUGCGGGCGGAUGGUGGCAGUGAACUACGUGGGUGAGGAGCUUUGGAGUUUCUUCAAUGCUCCCUGGGAGAAGAGAGUUGACCUGGCCAAACAGCUGAUGGACAUUGCAGAACAGCUCACUAACAACGACUUCGACUUUGCUCUCUACCUGCUAGACGUCAGCUUCGAUAACUUUGCCGUGGGCCCGCGGGACGGGAAGGUUAUUGUUGUGGAUGCGGAGAAUGUGGUGGUGGCUGACAAGAGGCUGAUUAAACAGAAUAAGCCGGAAAACUACGACGUCUGGUACGAGAGCAAGUUUGAGGAGUGCGACAAAGAGGCUUGUCUUUCUUUCUCUAAAGACAUGUUGUGUUCACGGGUCAUGGUCGACCACAACUAUUACGCCAUUUGCCAGAACCUGCUCUCACGAUACGCUACGUGGCGGGGCAGCACUGGUGGACUUCUUCACGACCCCCCGCCACACAUAGCCAAAGAGGGCCAGCUUGAAGCUCUUUUGGACGAGUGUUCCAACCCCAAAAAGCGGUACGGACGCUUUCAGGCAGCUAAAGAACUGCGCGAGUAUCUAACCCAGCUAAGCGGGACAGCUAGGUAAUGACCGCCAAUGACUGUCAAUACUCCAGCAUCCGCCCAUCAAUGUCCAUUGAUCUUCUACGUCUGGCCAAAACGACACUUAAGUUACUGUUUCAGACUAAUCGUCCAGUAUGUGUACAGUUUGUUUUGCUUCAUUGAUCUUUAAAUUAUUGAAGGGUCUUUGGUUUAUCACUUUUUUCAGUGGUUUAUCUUUUUGGCAGUGGUUAAGCCAUUGUUGUUAACGUCCUGCUACUGGAUGUUAGUACACAGGAAGUCAAAUGCGUCAGCUCGAGAGUUUGUCUUCUGCCUAAUUGAUUCACUUACAUUCCAAUAAGAAGAGUUUGGCUUAAAGCGUAAUUUUCAAACAGUAGAGAGGACUUGGAAAUCUGUACAUAAUUAUAGCAGAUUGGAGAGGAAAUGAGUUGGAAUUGCUUUGCGUAUACCAAAGAGUCUGGUUUUAUGUAACUCAAACCUCUAAAGGGGCACAGUCGCAGUGCCGUUCUGUAAAACCCAAUCCGAAUUCUCCUGGAGCAGCUUUAUAAAUGCGUUGAGACUAGCGCAAAGGUUUGUGUUUGUAUUAAUCAUGUGAAAUCCACGGAGGGCAACAAUAAAUUCAAAUUAUGUUAUCGCUAUUAAAUCAGAGCACAGACCAGGUGUCUAAUUGGCUGUUAAGUAUAAAUAAUGUACCGGGACAGGACGUGAUGUAGCAGUAAACUCCUCAGUGAAGGAACGUGCAUCCACAUAGACAGAAAUGUUACUUCCUGUCUUUAAAAUCCAUCUCUUAACAUUUCAAUUUCACAGCUCCGCAAUUGAAUUAAUCAGAAAAUAAUUAAAUGUCUUUAACACUUAAUUUCAUUUAACUUUGAGCCAUCAGUCUGCUGGGUUUUUUCUCCUUACUGGUUUGAUUUUGCACUUGGUGGACCAAUGAAUUAGAUCAGUAUGGUAAUGCGUUAGAUAAUGAAGGAUCCGAGCGCUUGACUGACAGCAUCACUCCAUUGAGCCUGGAGUUUGAAAGCUAGCUAAUCUCUUUCAACUUGAUGUUUUUGCCAGAUCAAAUUAAUAAAAUGAAUUAAGAUUUUAAUCUUUUUAUUUUAAUGUUUGGGUUCUUGCCAGUCAGGCCCUGAAUUGUCAAAGCAAUAAGUGUUUUUCAGCUGUUAUCACCGACGUCCCCCUGCUCUUAUCUAAUCUCCACCGGUGACCGAAUGGCCUCUUGUUGGGUGUUGGCACGUGAGAUGUUUUCGCGUGCAUAAAUAACUGUCCGCUUUUGUACUGUAAUUAUGUUUGAGUUGAGUAUUAUAUCAGCUGUGUCUGAUUUUACUGUGCCUUUCAUUCAGAAGUUGUAUUUACAACUUUUUAGUCGGUUUAAAUAUUAAAUAAAUGAAUAUAUAUCUAUA